AUGGAUGACAUCAGCUAUUUCAAGAAGGCUGAAGCCGAGUCCCUCAAAAACCUGGUAGAUAUUGCGAUUUCAAAGAAACUAGAAGAAGUAAAUACCAUGGAAGAGUCCCUUAUCACAAAGUUAAAAUUACAAGAAACAACUUAUGAGGAGUACAUUGAUUACCUUGAAAAUCUUGAUACAGAGUUUCACAGCUUCCUGUCAUUAAGCAAUAUCAAAGAUUUAGUUUCUGAGGAUUUUGAAAAUUUCGAAAUCAAGCACAUUCCAGAAACAACCAAACCGGUCCUUCCAAAAUUUACUUUUGGGCAGUUUUGCGAAGAUGAUAUUAGUAAGUUACUUGGGAAUAUAAGUGUUCCAUAUAUAGAACCUGCUAUGAGAAAAAUAAAACCCAUGGAAAAUACUUCUUCAGAGUUAAAACCAACAGGAAAAGAGCGAAAAAAGGAGGGAGAGAAACCAAGCAGAAAACAAACACUGUCUCUAUCUUCCUCUGUCACCAAGGUCUGGGAGUACAAAGUAACAUGGGUUGAUGAUGUAUAUCAUAUAUCAAUAGAUAAAUCAGGUAGACGCCAACUCUGGAUCAGCGAUAUACAUGCUAACCUUGUUAAAACAAAACAAGCUCUGAAGAAGAAUCAGCUACAAAAGAUACAAACCAGUGGUGGAACUGAAGGCUACCACACAGUCACAAACGACGGUGAUCUGAUCUUUGCAGACAGAGAGAACAAUGUCAUCAGUAGGUUAUCACCCGGUAAUACAUGUAUGAUCAGGGGCUUCAUUAAAACAGGAGACUGGGGACCACUCAGCACACACUCCUCCCACAUCAACAGGGACCUACUGGUGGGGAUGAUCAAUGAAAUAGGGCAAUCUAAAGUCACCAGGUACAACAAGACAGGAACAGAAAUACAGAACAUGCAGAGAGACAAUAAAGGACAACAACUGUACAAGUAUUCACACUACAUCACAGAAAACAUAAAUGGUAAUAUCUGUGUAUCAGACUAUAUGAUAUGCGCUGUUGUGGUAAUAGAUAAAUCAGGACAAUACAGGUUCUCCUACACAGGUCAAGGGUCAGAGUUAGAUCCCUAUGGAAUAUGCACUGAUGUUCUCGGUCACAUCAUCAUAUGUGAUGCACAGAGUGACACCGUUCAUCUCCUCGAUCAGGACGGUCAGUUCUUGUCUUUACUACUCACAUCACAACAGGGGGUGUGGGGUCCCCGUAGUGUGUGUGUGGAUGAUAAGAACAAUCUUUUGGUGGGACAACGUUUUACCAACACAGUGAGAGUGUACAAGUAUUUACAUGGAUAA